UAAAAAUUCAAAGUCUGCGAAGAUUCCACUAUACUACCAAUUGGUCCAUUUGACGUAUUAUAGAAAGUUAGGUAUUCAAACCAGGCACAAGCAGCCAUCUAUUAUACGUAUAAAUAACAAAAACUUGUGUGCUCCCACUAGAAACUUACCUAAUCGAGACCAUCUCAAGCUUUCUGCGCUCGUCAAAUGCAUAUCUUAAUCGUCUUCCUCCUUUCUUUUGCACUGUGCAUCCCUCUUCCGUGUUCAUCUGCAGCGACAGAUACCCUCCUACAAGGCUCGUCACUCUCAGUUGAGAAACCAACCGAUACACUCGUGUCAGCCAAUGGCGCCUUCUCCGCUGGUUUCUUUCAAGUGGGCGACAAUGCUUUCUGCUUUUCCAUAUGGUUCACAAAGUCCAAGCGACCCACUCUUGUCUGGAUUGCAAAUCGAGACCAACCCGUUAAUGGGAGGGCUUCAAGGUUUACGCUUUCGAAAAAUGGCAACCUCAUCUUGAGCGAUGCAGGCGUAGCUACCAUUUGGACCACAAAGACCUUCUCCUCUUCGGAAGUGCAUCUCAUGCUCAAGGACAACGGCAACCUCGUUCUUCGCACCUCGCAAGGCGCUGUCUUAUGGCAAAGUUUUGACUCCCCAACCGAUACCCUUCUUUCCGGUCAGCCACUAACCGAGAAAGCAAGCCUCAUUGCAUCCAGAAGCACCACAAACUUUUCUUCUGGUUUCUAUAAGCUUUACUUCGAUAAUGAUAAUGUUCUUCGGCUUCUUUUCAAAGGGCCCAACCUUUCUAGCGUGUACUGGCCUCCCACGUGGAAACUGCCCGUUGAUGAAGGCAGGUCCACCUACAACAUAACUAAAAUCGCGGUGCUAGAUCCCCUCGGCCAUUUCACGUCCUCUGAUACUUUCGAAUUCUAUCCAUCUGAUUAUGGUGUUAAACGCUACAGGCGAUUCACGGUGGAUCCUGAUGGUAACUUGCGUCUCUACAGUUUCAAUGAAAAAACUAGCAUGUGGGAGGUCUCAUGGCAAGUCAUAGCCGAACCAUGCAGUGCUCACGGUCUUUGUGGAGCUAACAGCAUGUGCACUUACGAUCCUUUCAUAGGAAGGACCUGUUAUUGCUUGCAAGGAUUCAAGAUUAAGAAUCCCAAUGACUGGACUCAGGGUUGUGAACCUGAAUUUACAAGCCCUAGUUGCAAUUCUGCAGACUUUGGUUUUGUUCAUCUUCCCAGGAUGGAACUAUUCGGCUAUGACUUGGAGGUGAUCCGUGUAACAAACUUGACACAAUGUGAAAAUAGGUGCUUGGAACUUUGUGAUGAUUGCAAAGGCGUCCAACUCAAAUUCAACGAAGUUAGUACUUAUAAUUGCUACAUCAAAACGAUAUUGCUCAAUGGGCGGGAUUCCCCAAAUUUCGAUGGCGAUAUCUAUCUCAAAUUGCCAAAAUCCACUAUGCUUUCCCUCAAAGUUCCUCAGAAACAUGUACAACUGAAUUGCCCAGCCAAUCUAUCUCAGAGGUUGGAUAGAACUUACCAAGAUCCGAAAAAGAAUGCGUGGUUGAAUUUUUUGCUUUGGUUCGCUUGUGGGAUUGGAGCAUUCGAGAUUACCUGCGUCUUCUUUGUAUGGUUCUUCUUGUUUAGAAGCAGUAAGGAAAAUGAUAAAGUAGAAAGACAGCAACUGCUUUCUGCCACAGGGUUCCAAAAGUUCACCUAUUCAGAGCUCAAAAAGGCCACAAGUGGAUUCAGCGAUGAGGUUGGACGAGGAGCAGGAGGGAUCGUGUACAAAGGGACAUUAGACGAUGAUCGCGUGGCAGCAGUCAAGUGCCUUAUUAGCGAAACUGAUCAAGGAGAAGCAGAGUUUCUGGCUGAAAUUAGCACUAUUGGGAUGUUGAACCACAUGAAUUUGAUAGACAUGUGGGGAUACUGCGUGGAGGGGAAGCACAGACUGUUAGUGUACGAGUACAUGGAGCAUGGAUCCUUAGCAGAGAAUCUCCACUCCAAUGAGCUUGACUGGAACAAAAGGUUUAAUAUUGCAGUUGGGACGGCCAAAGGUUUAGCUUACUUGCACGAAGAAUGCUUGGAAUGGGUUCUGCAUUGCGAUGUGAAGCCUCAAAACAUACUCCUAGAUUCAGAGUUCCAACCCAAAGUAGCUGAUUUUGGCUUGUCUAAGCUGCUUAACAGGGAUGAGCGUGCCAAUUCUGGUUUUUCUAGAAUAAGAGGGACGAGGGGGUACAUGGCACCUGAAUGGGUGUACAAUCUCCGAAUUACUUCUAAAGUGGACGUAUACAGCUAUGGGAUCGUGGUUCUGGAAAUGAUAACUGGAAAAAGUCCAAUGGGAAUCCAUAGCCUGGAAAAUAAAGGAGGAAUAGAUCAACGCAGGUUGGUGACGUGGGUGAAGGAGAAGUUGAACGGUGCUCCGGCGAGCGAGAGCUGGAUUGAGGAGAUAACAGAUCCGAAUAUGCAAGGAAAUUACGACGCUGCUAAGGUGGAGUUGUUGGUCAAAGUGGCUUUGCGGUGUGUGGAAGAUGACAUGGAUGCAAGGCCCUCCAUGAGCCAAGUAGUGGAGAUGCUCCAGUUUCCAGAAUACAUAUCCUUCCAGUAAUAUCCAUGUCGAUCAUCAUCUCAUCUUCGUGGACUCGUAAUUAUUCUCAUUCGCUGCCCCGGUGGAUAUAUUGUUUUGUAUAUUUAGCUUGGUUUUUUUUUUUUGUUUGCUUAUGAUGUUCUUGAGCCAAUGAAAGGUGUUAAUUUGUUUUUUUUUUUUUGGGUUACAGUGUUAAUUUGUUAUUUAAUAUAUAUGAAAACACACACAGUCGGGUCAUCCCAAUAUGUUCUUUUGAUACUCCCUAAUAUGAUCAUAUGGUUGGCGGAA